AAUUUCUGCUUUAAUUGAAAAGUGGCGUCCAGAAAUGCAUACCUUUCACAUGCGAACUGGUGAGGCUACCAUAACUUUACAAGAUGUAGAAAUUUUGUUCGGAAUGGUAAUAGAUGGUAGUCCUAUAAUUUUAAAUGGCGCUGAUACUUUAGGAGUUUUUGGUAGACAAGAAAUGAUGUUUGAAUUAACGGGAUGGUCACCCGAUAAUGAUUGUUUUUCUGGUGUUAGUAGAUUGUUAACAUAUAAAUUAAUUGAGCAUAUUGAAGGUUUAGAUGAUAUUACUGAUCAUUCAACUGAGCGUGAGGUGCAACAAAGGUUUAGAUUAUAUUUAUUAGGGUUAUGUGGUGGAUCAAUAUUUCCAGAUAAAUCUACUAAUAAGCUUAAUUUAGACCUUUUGAUUGACAUGAAAAAUUUAAAUGUAAUGUCAACACAAGCAUGGAGAGCAGCCGCAUUAUCAUAUUUGUAUAAUUGUUUAUGUCGUGCAUCAAUGAAACAAUCAAAUGAAGUUUGUGAAUUUCUCUCUUUAGUGCAGAUUUGGGAAUGGGAACGUAUUAUUCUCCUGCAACCAUUACCGAAAUCUCUAAGGACCAAUCAACUUGAGGUUUUAACUGCGCUUGCACGUAAAUGGACGCAACGUAGAAAUCAUCAAAAUGAGGCACGAACUGUAAUCGGUGUGAUUAGGGAUGUACUAGAUAAUCUAACUGAUGAUCAGUUUAUUUGGCAACCUUAUUCAGAAGAUGUUAUUAAUGGAUUGCCUGAGUGGUGUCGGGCAGGACAAUUUGUCUGGAUGGCACAUGUGCCACUUAUUUAUGGAAUUUAUCGUGAGUGGCACAUGAUUGAUCGUGUUGUGAGACAGUUUGGUUAUUUACAACAUAUUCCUGGACCGUGUACCCAAUUUUCCGAACAUCAUUUUAAGCGUGAUAAACGAUCCAAAAUAAAACAAGAGGAUAUAGAUGCGUUUAACUACAUACAAUAUUUAUGGGAACAACGUCAAAAUUGUAUAUUUCGACCUCCAUUUGUGAGUGAUCAAGCAGAUUACUUUCGUUGGUACAUGAGGCAUUCCCGCAUGUUCAUUGGAAAUUCACAGCAUGUUGUACAGAAAGGGUAUCAGCACAUGGCAGGAAGACAUGAGGCAUUAGCUAGGGGUCAUGAAAUGCAGUAUCGUCGAGCUUGGAUGAUUGAAAAUGAUGAAAAUCAAUCUAAUGAAAUGAGACAAUAUACGGAGGAAGUCGCUCGUAUUUCAAUGGAGUCAAUGAAUGCGGCCUUCCAGGGAACGCGAUUGAGCUUUGCUCCUGAUUACAAUCCUCCCACUCAAUACGAUGAACCACCACCAGUACAAGUAUCUCGCCGAUCGCGACAAACAACACCUAGAGAUAGUGCACGUCGAGGUAGAAGGAGCGCUGGUGAAGGUCGUGAUAAUUUGGUUGAUAAUAACACACAUUUGGUGGUUACUCCCGAGCCUUAUUAUCCCACGCUUGAUUUUUCUGCAGGCCCCUCUAACACUAAUACUAAUUUUUCAAGUCAAGAAACAGUUGGUUUUGUAACUCCACACGUUUCGAUAUUUGGUUUUGCGCAAUUCAGCGGAUCUCAAUACGGUAUUCAGCAUGGUAUGUGUGAAUUUCCUAUACAUAAUUUUUCAUUUGGUAGGAGGUUGAAUUUUUCAAAUGUAACUGUGUCCCAUGAUCCAACGUUUAAUGCUGAAGCUUCACAACAUUCUAUUUUUGAUAGAGAAAAUUCACCUCGAAGAACAUCUAGGCUACACAAAUCAACUAGAUGUGGAACAGGUAGUCACUAUCAAAAUGAGAGAGAUUCUGAAAAUGAAGACGUAGAAGAUUCAGAAAACUCAGAAGAAUAA